AUGCCGUCACGCAUGGCCAUGGCAGGAGAUGGGGAUUUGGACAUAGAUUCUCUUCUUCUGGAGCUUGAAGAUGCAGAGGCCAAAGAUGCCCAAAGUCCAAAGGUGCCCCAAUUAGCCGGCCUGCCUUUCCGAAUCGUGUCGGUAGGCUUGGAAGGGGAGUCGGUGUUGGUGCCAACAACAGCGGUAGAUGCUCCCUGCCAAGGCAAUGAUGAUGAUGCCUCCAGCCAGGGCGGUAGCAGCAGCGGCAGGGGUGAGAGGUGGCGAGAUAUGAUGAGCACGUCCACCUUACCCUUCGGGGCGUCUUCUUUGCCGACGUUGGCCCCGCCCUGCCGGCAAGAACUUCAAGACAGGUACCUGAAUGUGUCGGCCCACAUCGCCGCCGAGACGCGGGAGGAAGGCGUCGACAAGUGGUUCGACAAAACUACUUGGUCGAGAAGCAUUGGGAGCAGCCUCCUUACCGUAGCCAUGUCUCAAGCACGGUCAACCAUGGCGGUGAAGCCGGCCAAGGACCUCAAGACCUUCCUCGGUAGCUCCCUAGGGCACCACGGCCCGUUCCCUCCUGCCCGCCGGGACCUGGAUAGUGGAUGGGAGGUUGAGGAGGUACCGCUGGACGGAGACAGCGCCGGCGGUUACUCCGUGGGAACUCUGGACAAGCCCACAACGAGGCUGUCGCAGUACGCCAGAGGGAAGACGGGAAACAUGAACCCCUUCACUCCUGGCGGAGAGGACUUGCCCUACGCGGGUGCUGAAGGUGGCGCCGGACAGCGCGUGAAGAACACGGCCUUCUCAGCCAAACCCGCGCAGCAACACGACUACAUGUCCGAUCUGGCCGUUGCGGAGAGCGUCGCUGCGCUGGACCCGGAUUCACAGAUCCCUCUCCUUUCAGUUCCCCCGAACGUGUCGUUCUCGACGGGGCUCACGGCGGACCACGUGGCCGAGGGGGCUCCUCUGUGGGCAGGGCAAGCACGCCGACGGAGAAUCGUGGACGCCAAGGCUCGCGCUGAGAGUGCUGGCGCUGGUGAAGGGGCUAGCGGCACUGGUGGUGGCGGCGAGGCAGAGGCAGAGGAGCUUCCACCCCCGCCGAAGAUCGGAGGCGCGCCCAAGGCCACGUCUAAGCCUUCAGGCCCCCAGAGAAUGCAGGCCCCGAAAGCACGCCCAGGCGCGGAGGGCAGCACGAUCGACUUCAGCUCUCUCUUCGCCGAGCUGGACAGCGAUCUCAGCAGCGAGGAGGGCAGUGAAGGAAGCGACGACGGCAGCGAGGGCAGUGACCACGGCGACGGAAAAGCCGUAGACGCGCACACAGGCAUGCGGCUUGAUACAGGCGCAAGGAGCGGCGCAGCAGGAGGGCUUUCUCAGGAGCGCUUGGAAUCGGGACUAGAGGUGCUAUCGCUGUCGACGUCCGGUGGAACGAAAGAAGGAGACGGAGAAGACCAAGGAAAUGAGGCACCUUUGGAUUCUCUCCUGUCGUCGGCGACACAGGGUGGAGGGCUGGGAAGGCCGCCCACUGUUCACCAGCGAUCCAUGACGGAGCACCUCCUCAAGACCCCCGACGAGCGCAAGCGGCCGGCCCUCUCCGCAUCAACGUCCGCGUCGACGAAAGGCUCCUUCGCCCUCGCCGCCGACAAGCCCACAGGGGGCGGUGGAGGUUCCGCUGCGAAGAACAGCGGCGGCGGCGGCGGCGGCGGCGGCGGUGUCAAGUGGGCUGUCACCGAGCUGCUGGACGUGUCGGACUUCGACGCUCUCGUGCCUCGCCCGGCACACCGGUUCCCUUUCACCCUGGACGGUUUCCAGAAGCAGGCUGUGGCUAGGUUAGAGCGAGCGGAGUGCGUGUUUGUGUCGGCCCACACCUCGGCGGGAAAGACGGUCGUGGCGGAGUACGCCAUUGCCAUGGCGCAGCAGCACAUGACCCGAGCCAUCUACACCAGCCCGAUCAAGGCCCUCUCCAACCAGAAGUACAGAGACUUCAAGACUCGGUUCGGAGACGUGGGUCUCAUCACGGGAGACGUGUCGAUCAACCCAGAGGCUUCCUGCCUCAUCAUGACGACCGAGAUUCUCCGGUCGAUGCUCUACAGGGGGGCCGACCUCAUUCGGGAUAUCGAGUGGGUUAUCUUCGACGAGGUGCACUACGUUAACGACUCGGAGAGAGGCGUGGUGUGGGAGGAGGUGAUCAUCAUGCUGCCGGAGCACGCCAACAUGAUCUUCCUCUCGGCUACGACUCCCAACACCGUGGAGUUCUGCGACUGGAUAGGCCGCACCAAGCGCAAGCCGGUCCACGUGAUCACGACAACGUAUCGACCAGUUCCGCUGGAGCACAACCUCUUGGCGGGGAACGAGCUGCACCCGAUCAUGGACAACUUUGGCAAGUUCGAGUCGAACGGGUACAACGCAGCCGCCGCGAUGCUAAUGAGCAAGGAGGACAAGAAGGCGGCAGCGGGACGGGGAGGCCAACGGGGAGGGGGGGGGCGGGGUGGGAGGGGCGGAGGCAGGGGCGGAGGGGGCGGGAGGGGGGGCAGGGGCGGGAGGGGGGGUGGGCAAGGAAGCAGGGCUCAGUGGCAGAGCUUGAUCAAGAAGCUGGAGAAAGACGGGCUUCUGCCCGUGGUGGUGUUCUCGUUCAGCAAGAAGAAGUGCCAGGAGUGUGCCGAGGGGCUCAGCAGCGUCACGCUCACCACCGCCAAGGAGAAGAGUGAGAUACACCUCUUCUGUGCUACGGCAGUGAAACGAUUGCAAGAUCAAGACGCGCAACUACCUCAGGUGCUCAAUCUCAAGGAAAUGCUGUCUCGAGGCAUCGGCGUGCACCACGGUGGGCUGCUCCCCAUCCUCAAGGAGAUUGUGGAGAUUUGCUUCAGCCGGGGAUUGGUGAAGGUCUUGUUUGCUACCGAGACGUUUGCCAUGGGAGUCAACAUGCCCGCCAGAACCGUCGUGUUCAACGGAACCAGGAAGCACGACGGGAAAGAUUUCAGGGACCUCCUUCCUGGAGAGUACACUCAGAUGGCUGGGCGAGCCGGUAGAAGAGGUCUAGACAAGGUCGGGACCGUCAUCAUCACCUGCUGGAGUGAGCCUCCUCCGCUGGUCAACCUAAAGAUGAUGCUCACUGGUGCUGCUACGAAGCUCGAGAGCCAGUUCCGGCUGAAGUGGAACAUGAUUCUCAACUUGCUACGGGUGGAAGACAUGUCCGUGGAAGACAUGAUGAAGCGAAGCUUCAGCGAGUUCCGCACACAGAGGGAGCUGGGGGCGAAAGACUUGCCCAAGGUCAUGAAGAAGUGCACGGACGCGCUCAACAACCUCAAGGCUACGGCCGAGCCGUGCAUCCGAUCGGAGCAGUCGACGAUAGAGGAGUACCAGCUCCUGAGCGCCAUGGCCUCGGAGAGAUCGAGCGACCUCCUGGACUACGCCAUGAGGAGCUCUAAGAACGCCCGGUCCGUGUUGGGGUCGAAACGAGGCCUGGUCAUCACACACAAGAAGCUGGUCAACGCGCCUGCGGUGGUGCUGAGGGGCCACGACGACCCCGGGGGGCGAGGGUCAACAGCGGCAACACAAUCAGCUGGAGGUGCUCAGGACUUCUUGAGGGCAGCAAGAGCCCAGGCCCAGGGCUCGCUGCCAGGAGCAGUGCCGGCGGGGGAAGUGGAGAUGAAGAUGCUGGUUUUGGUCCUGUGCCACGAGGGCUUCGUCACGCCUGCUGAGGCUACCUCCGCUGACAAGGUUGCCGCCGAGAGCGAGCCCAUCGACUCCUUCGCAAGGCCGAGCGGUAACGUGGUGAUGAAGCGCAAGGGUGACGACGACGGAGGGUGGGGAGGAAGGGCCGGUGGGGGUGGUGGGUGGGGCGGCAAGGCCGGGAAAGCAUCCUCCGGGAGAGGAAGCGCUAAGGGCAAGGUGCUCAAGGCUGGCACCUACGGGGAGGCGGCGGGUCGCACGUUCGCCGUGCUAGAGGUGGGACUGGGCGACAUCGUCAGCCUGGCGAAGGCGGUGAAGAAGCUUAACGCGGAGGACGUGCUUGGAGGAGACAGCACCGCACUGGCCUCUGCCGUCAAGACGUUGGUGGAGAUGGAGAGCACCCUCCCGUCUGAACGCGACCCCAAGGGAACGUUCACGCCCGUAAAUCUGGCCAACGAGCUCAAGGUUCAGGAAAUUGGCUUCAGGGAGAGUUCCGCAGAGCUGCUGAACGUGCUCGAAAGCCGCGCCGCAUCGCAGUGCCACACUUGCCCCAAGCUGUCGGAGCAGUAUCACCUGCAGCAAAAGCGGGAUAAACUCGAGAGGAGAAUCGAGCUUCUGGGGCACGCCUUGAGCAGCGAGGCGCUGUCGCUUUUCCCUGACUUCCAGCAGCGCUUGGGAGUGCUCAGGAGCCUGGGCUACGUGGAGGGAAACACCGUGCAGCUCAAGGGGAGAGUCGCGUGUGAGAUCAACACGUGUGACGAGCUGAUUGCCACGGAGAUGGUGUUCGAAAAUGUUUUGGAGAGCCUCGACCCCCCCGAGAUCGCAGGAAUCUUGUCGGCGCUGAUUUUCCAGGAGAAGACGCAGAACGAGCCUCCCCUGACGGACAGGCUGCAGACCGCUGUUGCUCAGGUGUUGAAGAUCGCCCGCAGCCUCGGAAGGCUGCAACGCGACCAUGGCUUGCCGGUAGACCCCGAGGAGAACAUCAAGCUCAACCUUAACUUGGGCCUGGUGGACGUGGUCUACGAGUGGGCCAGAGGGGUACCAUUCUGCGAGAUAACACAGAUCACUCUGGUCCAAGAAGGCUCUGUCGUCCGUGCCAUCACCCGCUUGGACGAGUUAUGCCGUGAGGUGCGGAACGCGGCUCGGGUUAUCGGCGACCCCACGCUCUACAGGAAGAUGGAGGCGACGAGCCAGCUCAUCAAGCGUGAUAUCGUUUUCGCGGCAUCCCUGUACGUGACGUGACGUGUCGUGUCGUCAUGUGAUGUGACCGGCCCGCACUUGUCCGGGAUAUACUGUAG